AGCUAAAUCUACUUUGUUGGUAAAAAAAAUGGAGUUCUCAAACGUUUAAUAUAUUUUUGUUAGAAUUUAUGGAGAUGAAGACAUGCAGUUCAUGAAGAACUGGUUUAAUGCAGAAAACAAAAGAGCAGCAGUAAAACCAGAGAGAAAAUUGAACUAAGAACUACAAUACUUUUUCAUUAAUUGAAACAUUAAUACGAGCUGAAAAUUAAAAAACAAUUUACAAGUAAACAGUAUUUUUGACACUGCAUUACAAUAUCUCAAUUCAGAAUGUAAAUAUCAACUCUAAACAUGCCUUCAGGGAAUUCUGACAUGGACAAACACAGUAAGCAAACUGUCAAACACAAAACUACAAGAUGUGAUCAUUCUAGCUGGCAUGUGACACUGCAUACUGGGUCUUUAAUGCAAGCUUUAAUUCAACAAUUUUUAAUAAACUAUGAUAGAUAUGUUUGAGAGUCCUCGGCUUUGCUUUGAUUAGAGAAGUGAAGGGGUAAAAGUCUAAUGAAAUAUUAGUAUCCCUCAGCCAACUCUGAAUCAAACGGCUGAAGCAAAAGCACAAGAAACAUGAAGUCGUCAUGUCCCUUUCUUGGGGUCCACACUUUCCAUAUGGCGGAGAAAAUUAAAGAAAAAUACAACCUUUAAUAGAAGCCGAAGCAACCCAAGGUAGUGUCUCUUUGUUCCGUAUCAACUGAAGCAAUUCCUUCAUCAUGGCGGAGUCCUUUCAAAGGUAUGCUGUUGUUACAGGGGCAAACAAGGGGAUUGGACUGGAAAUAUGUAGGCAGUUGGCCUCCAAAGGGGUCAUGGUGGUCUUAACUGCUAGAGAUGAGAAGAGGGGUCUUGAGGCUCUUGAAAAGCUGAAAGACUCUGGUCUCUCUGAUCAUCUAGUUUUUCAUCAGCUUGACGUGGCAGACCCUGCUAGCAUCACUUGCCUGGCUGAUUUUGUGAAAAACAGAUUUGGGAAGCUUGAUAUCUUGGUGAAUAACGCUGGUAUAGGGGGAACUACAGUGAACUAUGAUGCUUUAAGAGCUUCAAGUCUUUCUGCUACUGAGAAAGAUCUAACAACCGUUUGGAGUAAAGUAUUGUCUCAAACUUUCGAGGCAGGAGAAGAAUGUCUGAAAACAAACUACUAUGGCGCUAAAAGAACAGCUGAGGCGCUUCUUCCCUUACUCCAGUUAUCUAACUCUCCAAGGAUUGUUAAUGUUUCCUCUCUCUUGGGCAAGUUAAAGAAUAUACUGAGUGAACAGCUCAAGGGAGUAUUAAGGGAUGUUGAUACAGAAGAGAAACUCGAUGAGUUCCUUUCUGAGUUUCUAAAGGAUUUUAAGGAGGGUUCAUUAGAAAGUAAAGGUUGGCCAACUUUCUGCUCUGCGUACACGGUCUCAAAAGUAGCCAUGAAUGCUUACACAAGGAUUCUAGCCAAGAGGUACCCAAAAUUUAGCAUCAAUUGUGUUUGCCCUGGCUUUGUCAAAACAGAUAUAAAUUUCAAUACUGGUAAUUUAAGUGUUGAAGAAGGUGCUGCGACUCCUGUUCAGUUAGCACUCUGGCCGAAUGGUGGUCCUUCUGGCUUCUUUUUCAUGCAGGGUGAACCAGCAUCCUAUGAAUGUUAUGAGCUAGCAGAAGAAUACCUGAAAAUGAACUAUUAUGGUAUGAAAAGAGUGGUUGAGGCACUUGCUCCUUUCGUCCGGCUAUCUGAUUCCGCGAGGAUUGUAAAUGUUACCUUUUAUCUCGGAGUACCGCAGCUUAUGUCCAAUGAAUGGGCCAAGGGAGUGUUGAGCGAUGUCGAAAGCCUCACAGAAGAGAGAGGUGAAGAAGUUUUGAACGAGUUUCUAAAAGAUUUCAAAGAAGGAAGGAUGAAAUCCAAAGAGUCCUUUCAAAGGUAUACUAUUGUUACAGGGGGAAACAAGAGGAUUGGACUGGAAAUAUGUAGGCAGUUAGCCUCCAAAGGGGUCAUGGUGGUCUUAACUGCUAGGGAUGAGAAGAAGGGUCUUGAGGCUUUUGAAAAGCUGAAAGACUUUGGUCUCUUUGAUCAUCUAGUUUUCCAUCAGCUUGACGUGGCAGACCCUGCUAGCAUCACUUGCCUAGCUGAUUUUGUGAAAAACAGAUUUGGGAAGCUUGAUGUCUUGGUGAAUAACGCUGGUAUAAGGGCAACUACAAUGAACUAUGAUGCUUUAAGAGCUUCAAGUCUUUUUACUACUGAGGAUACCUUUCUACUUGAGUUUCUCCUACAAAUUCAGAAAGAUCUAACAACCGUUUGGAGUGAAGUGCUGUCUCAAACUUACGAGGCAGGAGAAGAAUGCCUGAAAUCAAACUACUAUGGUGCUAAAAGAACAGCUGAGGCAUUUCUUCCCUUACUCCAGUUAUCUAACUCUCCAAGGAUUGUUAAUGUUUCCUCUCUCUUGGGCAAGUUAAAGAAUAUACCGAGUGAACAACUCAAGGGAGUAUUAAGGGAUGUUGAUACAGAAGAGAAACUUGAUGAGUUACUCUCUGAGUUUCUAAAGGAUUUUAAGGAGGGUUCAUUAGAAUGUAAAGGUUGGCCAACUUUCUGUUCUGCGUACACGGUCUCAAAAGUAGCCAUGAAUACUUACACAAGGAUUCUAGCCAAGAGGUAUCCAAAAUUCAGCAUUAAUUGUGUUUGCCCUGGCUUUGUCAAAACAGAUUUAAGUUUCAGUACUGGUAAGUUAACUGUUGAAGAAGGUGAGGCAACUCCUGUUAAGUUAGCACUCUGGCCUAAUGGUGGUCCUUCUGGCCUCUUUUUCAUGGAGGGUGAACCAGCAUCCUAUGAAUGAGAUUAUUGACAAAAAUAGCGAAAUCUCAUUAGAGAGGUGAAACUAGUACAUGAGGACUUUGUUCACUUUCUUUCAUCAUCAAGUACAAUAAGAAAGCUUUAAAAAUCCAAAUGAUGCAAUUUUCUUUACCAAACUUGAUUCCCAUGUAUGUAGAAAUAUUCUACAAAAAUUUAUAAGAUAAGGUCUAUAUUUGUCA